UGCCACUGUUCCCCAUAAGUGCUUAAAAGUAAAAAAGACCAAGGUGGAGGGAAAGGGAAAAAAUGAGGACAACAGCUCUCAAGAGAAUAUUGUGGAUAAAAGAAGAAAUAAAUUUGAACUGUAACAAAUUACAGGACAAGAUCAGGUUCACCUAAACGUGGUGACAUGACACACGGUAAUUUUAAAAACACCAUCUUUUGACACUUCUCCUCCUCUCAUUGGAUUUUCUUUGGAGUGUCUGAUGAAUAUGGAUAACUGAAGAUUGACAAGCAAAUGUUUAGGGGCUACAUUUAUUAAUCUACAGAGUAUUCCUGCUGCCACUUCUUCAUGGACGUCCAGUCCUCUCUGUAGCUCUCUCCAUCUUCACAUCAAGCAGUUCGGCAGAGUUCAUCAGCUACACAUGCCAACCUAUCAAGUCUCCUCAAGCCAGUGUCGCAGUAUACAUGUCACUGGCCCAGUGACAUAUAUAUACCUAAAUACAGUCACAAUGUUGUACUAAAAUGUUAAAAUACCACAGCGCAUGAUGCGUCACUCAUCAUUGGUUAUAUUUAUUGAAAUGUAAGAAAUGGUAUUGUGUUAUAUAAAGUCUUGGCGCAUUGUGUAUCAGUUCCUCAUUCUGCCUGUUUAUGCUUUAACACGCUACACUAUGUAGGUGUUAUACAUAGAUUGAACAUCUUGGAGAUGAUACUAAUAAUGCAGAUUAGAUUUCUCUGUGCUCUGCCAAUUCAGGUUCAUCACCAUUUGGUGUCUUGCUCAUUAGGGCUGAAUUAACCAAUACGGUAUUGAAUUAUGAGCACUUGUAGAUAAAAAUGCAUUAGUCAGUGCUGUUAAUGCUGAUAAGGAUAUUGGUCACUUACCUUCACACCCAAAUUAAAUUGAGUGACAUCCCAUUCUUACUCAUAGGCAGAAUUUCCCCCGUAAAAUCUGCCAGACCAGGUUGGUAGCUAUGCUAAGGCGGUCCACCAGCGGCCCACUGCGUUUUAGUACAGAAAAAUGUUAAGUUACAAAAGUUCAGAGGUGCACAAGCAGGCAUCAUAAUCUGGAAAUAAUAGCUUGAGAGGCCAGUGUGCAGGGACGGCACAAUUGGUGCGCAUCCCCCUCGUUCCCAGCUUAACGCAUCAGCUAUAAACCUGACUUAACCCGUCUUCACUGUCACUUUGUAUUAAAAACUCCAACUAAAACAAACAAAUAGCGCUUAGCAAGUAAAGCCUGGGUUUUAUAUGAUAUUAGCCGACUCUUUAUAGCUGUAACAGCUUCAACUCGUUUUUGACGGCUUCCCACAAGGUUUAGGCUUGUGUUGAUGGGAAUUUUUGAUUCGUUUUCCAGAAUUGCAUUUGUGAGGCCAAACACCGAUGUUGGAUGAGGAAGGUCUGUUUCGUAGACUCGUCCAUAUGAUUGGCAGAUGGAGGCAAUUGAGUCUCCCACUACUGUAAAGUCCAAUGGUGUCAUGCUAAAGCAAGAUUGAUUUUGACACUUUUCGUUGCUCUAAUAUAAAGUCUUGUAUAACGUGAUUUAAGCCGUCAUUACAGAUGCUUGGCCAUGAAAACCUGUUCUGUGUAGCUCUCUAUGCAAUGUUCUUGAGCUAAUCUGAUUUGCCACGUGCAGUUUGGAGGUUUGUAGCUACUGACAUUGCAGAACCGUCUUCAUGUCGUCGUCCAUUGACGAUGCAGUGUGGCGUUAAAUGGCUGUUACGUGACCGAGUUGCUGUUGUUCCCAUUGGUUUCCUAUUUGCUAUAACGCAACUAACAUUUGACUGUUGUUUGAUGUGCAGGUUACUUUCUAUCACAUUACCACACAGGAAUUGAUCCAACCUCACCUAGAAAAAUUCAAGAUGUGAAAAGAAAAAAGAUGCCCUUCCUCUGUGGCAGGCUUUUUCCAGUCUCAUGUGUGACGGCACCACCAGCACGCACCACCAUCACAAUGGUCGACAUAGAGAGCCUCUACCAGCCCCCGUCUCCGCUGGAGGACUCGGUGCUGGAUGGCCCCCUGUGUGGUGAUGACGAUUUCAUGGGCAGCAUGGAGGCGCUUCAGGACAUCCCCACAUCCCUUGACGAGGACGCCCUUAGCUCCCUCGACGUCACGGAAUACCAGUCCUCCCACAACGGGUCUGAAGGUUCCAGUAUCCUAGACGCCUUGACGCCGGCGUCCAGCCCGUCCUCCGUUGUUUGCGGGAUGGCUCCCACCCAGGAGGAGCUCUUAUCUCCCUCCUCUUCGCUCAAUCUGGAGUGCCGCGUGUGUUCUGACCGGGCCUCGGGUUACCACUACGGCGUUCACGCCUGCGAGGGCUGCAAGGGUUUCUUUCGGCGGACCAUCCGUCUGAAGCUGGAGUACGACAGGUGUGAACGCCGCUGCAAGAUCCAAAAAAAGAACCGCAACAAGUGCCAAUACUGCCGCUUCCAGAAGUGCCUGGCCGUGGGCAUGUCCCACAACGCCAUCCGGUUCGGCAGGAUGCCCCAGUCGGAGAAGCUGAAGCUCAAGGCAGAGAUGGUGACGGGGGAGAGGGAGGUGGUGAACCCCCAGCUGGCUGACCAGAAGACGCUGGCCAGGCAGAUAUACGAGGCCUACCUGAAGAACUUCAACAUGAACAAGGCCAAGGCUCGGACCAUACUCACCGGAAAGACCAGCAACCCUCCGUUCGUGGUCCACGACAUGGAGACGCUGCAGCUGGCGGAGCAAACGCUGGUGGCCAAGAUGGUCGGCUCGGCGGGGGCCCUCAAGGACAGAGAGGCCGAGGUUCGGAUUUUCCACUGCUGCCAGUGCACAUCGGUGGAAACCGUCACGGAGCUCACUGAGUUCGCGAAGUCCGUGCCGGGCUUCUCGAGCCUGGACCUGAACGACCAGGUGACGCUCCUGAAGUACGGCGUGUACGAAGCGCUCUUUGCCAUGCUCGCCUCCAGCAUGAACAAAGACGGCCUCCUCGUGGCGUACGGCUCGGGCUUCAUCACCCGGGAGUUCCUCAAGAGCCUGCGGCGGCCGUUCAGCGACAUGAUGGAGCCCAAGUUCCAGUUCGCCAUGAAGUUCAACGCGCUGGAGCUGGACGACAGUGACCUGGCGCUGUUUGUCGCUGCCAUCAUCUGCUGCGGAGACCGACCGGGCCUGGUGAACGUGUCGCACAUCGAGGUGAUGCAGGAGAGCAUCGUCCGCGUCCUCCAGCUCCACCUGCUGGCCAACCACCCCGACGACACCUUCCUGUUCCCCAAACUGCUGCAGAAACUGGCCGACCUCCGGCAGCUGGUCACGGAGCACGCGCAGCUGGUGCAGGAGAUCAAAAAGACAGAGGACACGUCCCUGCACCCGCUCCUACAGGAGAUCUACAGAGACAUGUACUGAGGGACUGCAGCAACCAGCUGACGGAACAGAAACAAAACCGUUCAGAGAAGACACGUUAWGCUAGGGUUCAACCACUUUGAGCCGUGCCGUCUCCGGCGCGGCAAAAUUCGCUUCUGGCUUCCGGUCAGCUUGAAGGAACUUUUCUCUGGCGGACGGUUCCUUUGGUUGGUCUGGCUUCUCACCACUCCAUUGCUUGGAACCUUCUGAGACAGAAAAAAAGAACUAGGUCAGAUGUGAAACACCGUCUGAUUAAAGCCACUUUGUAGAAAUCUGUGUAGCAUUUCUGACCAAACUCGGCUAUUAACCUACGGUGAAAAGGAGGGAAGUCGGGGAACUCGAUGAUUGCCACUCCAGUUGUGCGUUUCGAAAAGAGAUUUUUAUACUGAAGUUUAAGAGCCAUAUAAAGUCAGCAUCAGUUAAACCACCCCGACCUGGCAGCGAAACAAUCCUGCUGCUUCCAAGCCUUCCAGCAUGUUCUUCUUCAUACAACCGGACACAUCCGAGGAGUCGCCAAACGUACAAACACGAUCCCAAGCUGAAUUGUGAUUACCGGGUUUUGACUUGAAACUGCAUCUUGUUGCACAGCGUAAGCACAAACUUGUCUGUGAUUUGUUCACAAAUGUCUGAGCCGUUUUCCUAAAAAAAACACACACACUCAGAUGUUUGACACUCCGUCCCGCGCUUUGUGCUCGUGGUUUGUGGUCCGACUCAAACUUGAGCCGCACUAGAAUCUCAACAGAAGCCUAAAUAUAGAAAUUAAUGUUUUCUUUUUGUUUGUGUCACAUUGCCUCAGCUAUAGCGCCUCCUUCCCCGUUUUCUAUGUUGUCACAAAGAAACCCACAACUUUUUUUUCAUGUAGUCUUUAUACAUGUACCCAAUCAGUUUUUCAGCAGUUUGUAGCCUAUUUCAUAGCUUUGAAAACCUGCCAAUACUGUUUUUUUUUUUAUUGUCAUCAACUGUUCAUAGAUUUUUAUGUUCAUAGAAGAGAUGCCAUCACAUCAGUUUUACUAUUAUUCUCAAAGGAGGACAAAGUGAUGACAGAGUUAGAAUUUGAACUUGAUUUUAACUUUGUUUUAGCCACUAGCGUGGUUAGCAUUAAAUGUAAAGAGCGACCUUUCUGCAUAUUCCCCACAUAGUGUAGAUCCUUACCUCAACUCUGAGAUUUUCUAAACCUUGUUUGCUUUGGCUUAAUUUCAAACUGACACUAAAACUAGUUUGCCGUUGGCUAACUCACAUUAGCUUAAAGAGUGUUUUCUCGUCCUGGUUGCGCUACCGUCUGAGGUUACUGUUCGGAAAAAAACCAGAGCCCAAUCAGAGGCGGUUUAGCCAAAAAUCAUCCAGGCCCAGUUGUAACCCAAUGUCUCAAUGCAUGUUUAUAACGAGGCAACUCCGGCAUUUUGCUGUCACCCAACCAUUUGUAUAAGAAGAACAUGCUAGCUUCCAGAAGGAAGGGAAAUGUCUACUUGGAUUUUGUAACAUAAAAACACACAUGCGGAAUAAUACGAGAAGCAUAUGAUCAUCUGUUUAAUAUCCACCCAUGAAAAACAAAACUUUAAAUAACCAUAAAAUGAUUUAGUCUACCUUGAUUUAAAAUAAAGCUGAAUUUUUAAUGAGGAUUGCUUGUCUUUUGACGCUGUAAUCUCACUAAACAGGACGAGCAAAGUUACCUCCAGCUCUUCACAAUUCAAAUUUGUGCAAGUAGUUUUAAUCUCUAUGUAGCGUCUCAGAUAAAGCAGCUCCAACAAGAUUUUACAUCAGAGUUUUCUUGGACAAAAAGAUGUUUUCUAAACAUUUUAUUUCUUUAAAGUGAAUGUGGACUAACAGCUUUGACUACGAGACCUCCAACAAUCAGAGCAGGUUCUCUUCAGUCAUAUAAGAAAUCUUCAAAUGCAUGGUGUAUGGAAAGCAUUUGUGCACAAAUGUUUGACUCAAAUUAUUUUACGGCUCUUUUCAAUAUAUGUGCAGCUCUACUAUUAUAAUUAUUUUGGUGCUUUAAAAGUAACAAAGUGGAUUCAUCUUGUGGAACCUUUUUUCUGACUUGCAGCGUCGUCUUUUUUUUUUUGUUUUGUUUUUUUUAAUCUUUUUUUCACGCCCUAAUGACACCGCAUUGUGUUUGUACAUAGCUAAUUACAUUACCAUUUACCCCUACUAAAAGCUAAAUCUUAAAGUCACAUUAUAGUAAUGGACUGCACAUCCCUAAUUUUGCUAAAGACUUUUACGUUCAAAAAAAUGUGUACUGCUUGUUCGUGUUGCUUUAAUGUUUGUAUUUUCACUUGAAUUAGAUCAUAUUUUUAUACUAAAAACGUGUACGUGCGACUAUAUCUGAUAAAGUUUUAUUCAGAAAUGACACGGUUUGAAAGUGUAAAUAGAAUCGAGGUGAAACGGGGCGAUCGGAAUAUCCACAAAUCUGAACCCUGCUGGGGACAUUCCUUUGGUUUAAACCAUCAAAACUGUUGCUUCCAGCUGUUCGUCAUUUCGCCACUGAACCGAAUCCUUUUUGAUCUGAACCGAAGACGGCUUCGGACUGUACUGGCUUAUAACAUUUUGUGAUUGAUUUAAAAACUUGACUCCGUCGUCUCCGGCUAUAGUUUAACGAUGAGGCGAUAUCUUGUUAAUGUUUAGCUACGAUAUAGUGUUGAUCAUACGUUGAAAUAGCGUGUCUUUUGAUACCGUUUUCUCAGGUUGCACAUCAGAAUACAAAUAGAGAUAAUAUAUGCACAGAGAUUUUUUUAUUAGCAGCCUCAACCGCAAAAUGUUUUGUCUUUUCAUUUUUUUUGUUUGUUUUGACAGAUUGAAUCUCUGUUUGCUAUCAGAGAGUCUAAAUGCACUCAUAAUUAGCCAUCACGUUGUAUGCUAUCAGAGUAUAGAUGAUGCAGUAAUGUAGAUUUAGAACAGAUUGCUUUCCAAGCUUGUUUCUGUCUGACUUUUCUCUCCAGACUUGCUGCUAUGUUGUACUAACUCAAACAAUGAGCUCUGCCACGGAUAGAUUACCAACCUCCAAGCUGCCUCUAACGUUCUCACUUAGAGUUGAAACCAGAUAUUUGCAUAAACCUUCAAUUGUUACAUUUUUUUUUUGACAUUCCAUUAAACUAAUUUCACCAAACUAAACGUUUCUGUUUUAGGCCAGUUAAGAUUACUCAAAAUUAUUUCUGCUUGGUAAAUGCCAGAAUAAUUAUUAAAAUUCUGAAGUUUGCAUAUUAUUUGAUAGUUGCCUUUAAAACUUGUCAUAUUUACCCACAAACUUUCUAUAGGAGUGAGAUCAAUGCGUUACGAUGGCCACUGCAAUAAAAGUAACUUUUUACAUUUAUUUUUUUGGGGUAUGCCGAGAUUGUCAUUGUCCACGUUUACUUCAGCAUCUCCACAUAAUGUUUUUAUUUUCUCACUGUGUCGCCUUUCCUGUUAAGCGCACCAGUCCCUCCUGACGCAAAACAGUCACACAAUAUAACACUGCCAACGCUGUGCUUCACAGCUGGCAUGGUGUUCUCGUCCCACUUUUGCCUCCAAAUGUAGCAGUGAUCAUGAUGGUCAAACAUUUCAAUGUUUGCUUCAUCAUUCAACAUGUCACCAGCAGGUAUUUAUCCCGAGUUCAUUGGCAAACUAUUAUCUGGCAUUUUAAGUAAUGGCCUCUUCGUCUCUGAGUGGCGCUUCAGCUAGCAUCUUUCACACCAAAACGCGUUCGUCUCUGGGAUAUGCGUCUCCUACCUUGACGACAUCGGCUGGACAUUCCCAUGUUGUUUAUGCCGCCAUAAAAUUAUUUAAGCAGAUGGUACAUCUGGAUAUUUACCAGAUAUGUUUGCAAUCACAAUCUUUUUCCUGAAUUUUUUUUUUAUUACUUUUUAAUCAUAGAAUGAUGUCACACAAGGGAGAAGUGUGUUUGAGGUGUUGUCUUAAAAUAUAUCCAGAGGUAGGACUUUACUUAAAUAUUGUGAAUUACCUAUCAGAAGCUUACAAAGUCAAAAAAAAACUCAUCUUGAACUUCUCCCAGUGGCAUAAAGGCAAAGAAAACAGUUUGGAUUUCAAGAAACAAAUGCUUUUCUCAAAUAAAAAGAUCUUACUCGUUAUUCUGGCGUUAAGGAAAUGGAAAUGUCUGUAAUCUUAACUGAUUUACAACAGAAAAAAACUGAUUUGAUGUCAAACAGGGGAAAACAUAUGUAUAUAUCUGGCUUCAACUGUAUAUCUUGUCUCAGACUGCAAAGAAUUCACCGAAUGCAGCUCAGUUUUUCACCUCGCAGGUCAUGCUUGGCGAUCAACCACCAACAACAUGUGCCUUAGUGUGUGUGCGUGUGUGUGUGUGUGUGUGUGUGUGUGUGUGUGUGUGUGUGUGUACACGCCAACGUCGAAGACUCGUGCGAUUAAAAAAUUGUAAGCAAUUGACCUGUUCGUGUGACCUAACGGAAACCUAUAGAAUGGUUCGUCAGAUUUUUCAACAGAAAUCGAUCGUCAGUCAAUGAAAAUGAAGGAUUUGCUCAAAAGGGUUUUUCAAAGCAAAACUGAAGAUGAAUGAAGCACUACAAAAAAGGCCCGAGAGGUGAAGCUGGUUUACUCUUGGGGGGCGUUUGUUUGACGAAGAAUUGACAAGGGACUUUUUAAUUUGUAUCAGGGAAUCUUAGUCUUCCUUUGUUGCACUAGCUCAGGAUAUAGAAAGGUACUGUUUCUCUGUCCCUGUCUUUCUUACUCAAUCUAACACAAUAAGUCUGUGCUGCUCUGCUUUGGAGCCCAUAAACAGAAGCAACAAUACAAGAAAAAUUGCUUUUCUUUUCCAGUUCGGACAGAUUGUUUUCCAGGGGCAGCAGUCAUAGGAAUUAGGUUUUUCUUUUUGUUUUGUGACCUUCAACUUGUUUAUUUCUGCAGCUCUAGUCUACUUCAGAGGCUGAAAGCAUUUUUGGAUGUUGUUGUCCGUGUGUUUUAUGGCUUGGAUAAUACUGUAAAUGUUUGAAUGUACUGAAUAUUUAGUCAUGCAUAGUUAGUACUUUGCAAGAAGGCAAAUUGACAUUGAAUGGAUUUAAAAAAAUAAAAUGAUUUUGAAGUCAUCUACUUUGUUGACAUUUGAAAGAACAA